GUGACAUUGCUGCUUUGCUUUGGUGGGCGACCCAACGCAUUUUGGAUCUUUCCCAUCCGUUCACGGUCGAACAACAGCAGAGGUUCAGCAAGUUUCGACAGAAUGUCCAGCAAGGUUCAAGCCAGUGCCGUGCGUCAGGCUACCCGUGAGCUUCUCACCUACGCUACGGAGGAGAAGCCCCGUAAGUUCGUUGAGACCGUCGAGCUCCAAAUUGGUCUCAAGAACUACGACCCUCAGCGUGACAAGCGUUUCUCUGGUACCAUCAAGCUUCCCAAUGUCCCCAAGCCCAAGAUGAAGCUCUGCAUUUUGGCUGACCAGCACCACAUCGACCAGGCCAAGUCCAUCGGUCUUGACUUCAUGUCCGUUGAUGACUUGAAGAAGCUCAACAAGAACAAGAAGCUCAUCAAGAAGCUCGCCAAGAAGUACGAUGCCUUCCUUGCCUCUGAAGCCUUGAUCAAGCAGAUCCCCCGUUUGCUCGGUCCCGGUCUUUCCAAGGCCGGUAAGUUCCCCACCCCCGUGACCCACAACGACAACUUGGAGGACAAGGUGGUUGAGAUCAAGUCGACCAUCAAGUUCCAGUUGAAGAAGGUGCUCUGCCUCGGUGUUGCCGUUGGCCACGUCCAGAUGACUGAGGACCAGCUUGUCAACAACACUAUGUUGGCCAUCAACUUCUUGGUCUCUCUCUUGAAGAAGAACUGGCAGAACGUCAAGUCUCUGUUCAUGAAGUCCUCCAUGGGCAAGCCUGUCCGUCUCUACUAGAUAUAUAGUAUUUGGAAGGGAUGUAUGUGCGCUUUAGUGGGUUGCGCUGGUAUCAGAAAUACUCACUCUGCAGCGCACCAAGGCAUCUCCAGGAAACCGGAAGAUGUCAUUGGGAGCUGAAUCUCUGCUAAAUAAAAUCAAACUUCGAUCUCAA